AUGGAGGUUCUCCUUUUAGGGAUGCCGCGGACAGGUACCAUCUCAAUUCGCAUGGCGUUCGAGGCUUUGGGAUACAGGCCUUUUCAUGGCCGCAUGAUGGACGAGAUGCCGCACCUGUACCCACUGUGGACAGAGGCGCUCCAAGCUCGUUACUACGGUAUUGGCAAAGAGUUCACUCGCGAAGAGUAUAAUAAACUCUUCGACGGCUUCAAUGUCUCUUGCAACAUCCCUGGCACUCUUCUGGCGGAAGGUCUUAUCAAAGCCUACCCGGAAGCAAAGGUGAUAUUGACCACACGUGACGUCGACAAAUGGCUCGAGUCGAUGAAGCAAUCGGUCGACUCAGCCGUGAGAUGGAAAUCAUUUGAUUGGCUUGCACCUUGGGAUCCGAAGGUGAUCGGUCCUUGGUGGCGUUACCACAAAUUUACCCAUGCAUUGCGGCCUCUGAUUGCGCCUCAGGGGGAGCGUCAGGCCUACCUCAACUACUAUGCUCGAAUCAAGGAGUUGGUUCCAGCAAAUCAGCUUUUAGAGUUCCAUCCUAGUGAUGGAUGGGAGCCGUUGUGCGAGUUUUUGGGCGUCCAAAUUCCACCGGAACCAUUCCCCCAUGUGAACAAUACGGACCAGUUUUUGGCGGGUAGGAAAAAGCGCUGGUGGCGCAUGAUAGGGUUGAUGAUGCUGAAGCUGGUGACACCAGCUAUAGUGGUUGCAUCCACGGCGUGGCUGAUUCGGGGGCGGACAGCGUUGUUGCUGCGCGGGUAA